AUGGCCGACGAAAGUGUAGAUUCAGUUACGCUCAAUGUGAACGACUCCAUAUCGUGCUCGGGGUUGACACUGGCCUUCCGCAACGUGUGCUAUAGGCAGAAAGCCUCAGAUGGCGGUCGAGCCAAGGACAUCAUCAAGAGUGUAUCGGGAAGGUUUCUACCGGGACGACUGGUGGCGAUUCUCGGUCCUUCCGGUGCUGGCAAAUCUUCGCUGUUGAGCAUCCUUUCCGGAUUGAAACAAACCGGUUACAUCGGGACGAUAGAAAUCAAUGGGACCAUUCUGGACCGAAGCCGCUAUCGGCAGCAGUGUGUCUAUAUUCAACAGGAUUUUAGCCUGAUCGAACACCUGACCGUGCUGGAAACGAUGCAAUACGCGGCCGAGCUGAAGAUGCCCCGACAGUCCCGCUCGGAGAUGGUACGCAAGAAGAAGGUGAACGACAUCCUGCGCGUAUUGGGCCUCAUGACCAGCAUCGGUACGCUGGUAAGCAAACUGUCCGGUGGCGAAAAGAAGCGCCUUUCGAUUGGCAUCGAAAUGGUAUGCAAUCCUCCGAUCAUACUGCUCGACGAACCGACCAGCGGAUUGGACAGUGUUGCAGCCAUGGAGCUGAUCAACUAUGUGAAAACCGUGGCCAGUGAGGGACGUACCGUUGUCUGCGUGAUUCAUCAGCCAUCGUCGAGUUUGUUCCAACUGUUCGAUGACUUGUAUCUCCUAUCAGCCGGAAGGUGCAUUUAUCGUGGACCACUGGAUUCCAUGGUUGAAUCUCUUGGGGAGAUGGGAUUCCAGUGCCCAAAGUAUUACAACCGAGCUGAUUUUGCUCUUGAAGUUGCUGCCAAACCUUCUAAUGAGCUCGAUAAUCUUGUUCAGAAGUACAACAAACUCUCCGUCGAUCGGAAACUGUCGCCCAAAACGAACGAAAUGCUACCAUUUGAGGAGGAUGCUAUCAUUAACAGAUCCAGAACAACAGUCGCACAAUAUCAAAUUCCACAGUGGAAGCAAUUUUAUGUUCUUCUGCGACGAUCGUUGCGUGUUACUUCGAGAGACUUUUUCUUUGCUCAGCUUCGGGUUAUUACACAUAUCUUGGUGGGUUUCCUGCUUGGGGCCGUAUUCUACAACUGCGGCCAAGAUGGCGCCUAUGUGAUGGUCAACGGAGCCUGUCUAUUCUUCUUCCAACUGUUUAUCUUUUUCGGCAAUUCCAUGCCUUGCGUUAUCACAUUUCCCCUCGAGGCAAAAGUGUUUAUUCGAGAACGUCUCAACAACUGGUAUUCGCUCGAGGCGUACUAUCUGUCCAAGAUUGUGGCCGAUCUUCCGCUACAACUUCUUUGCCCGUCGCUCUUUCUUGCCAUCUCAUACUACAUGACCAAUCAACCGUUCGAGUGGGAGCGCUUCGGAAUGCUCUGGUUGAUACUGCUCCUCCUGGGGAUCUUUGCCCAAACCGUAGGUCUGCUUUCGGGUGCUGCGUUCAACAUGCAGAUGGCCACCUUCUUCGUGCCCAGCUUCAGCAUUCCAGCGCUACUGUUUUGCGGCUUCUUCGUCAAAUCGUACGAAAUGCAUCCGGUGCUGAGUUACUUAGCCAAUUUGUCCUUCUUACGGUACAGUCUGCAGGGAUCGCUGCAGGCGCUCUACGGCAACAACCGGACGACCUUUCCCUGCUCCGAGAGCUUCUGUUACUACAACAAGCCAGCCAAAUUUCUCAAAUUUAUGGACACCCGCGAGGACGGGUACUGGGACAGCGUGUACGCGCUGGUCGGUUUCCUACUGCUAUUUCAAAUUAUUCUGUACAUUGUGCUGCGGCUUCGAUUGAAAAUAUAUCAGUGA